CGCGCGGCCAUUUUUUUUUAUCUCGCCUCGCCUCGCCUCGCCGCGCGCGGCCGUCGAAUCCGCUGGGUAUAAGUGUGGCUUCCGGACGGCGCUUCCCAUCCGACACCGGCGCCUUCGCGGACUGGGUCGCCUCAUCCGCCGCCGCCGCAGCUGCCGGGGGAGCAGCCCGGGGGGACGACCUCUCCCUCGGCUUCAAUGCCAGCGCCGCCGCCGCGGCCGCGGCCGCCUCCGGCGCCUCGCUGGGGGCCGGCCUCUGGGGCCCCGCCACGUCGCGCCACCAGGCCGCGCUGAACUACGGCAUGGCGGCGGGGGACGUCGGGAUGGUGGUCGUCGCGCCCGCCGCGUCCUUCCACCACACGCACCACCAUCACCACCACCACGACGCGGCCUCCAACCCCGACCCCAUCUUCCCGCUGCUUUCCGCGGGUCCCUGCGUGCUCGAUCCGGACGCGGCCAAGGCGGCGGCCGCCAGCAGCGGCAUCCAGUUCUGGCAGUCCUCCUCCUCGCAGCACCACCAGCAGCAGCAGCAGCAGUCGCCGCCGUCGGGCGGCAAUAACCCUAACCCUAGCCUCGGCGCCUUCUACCUGAAGAAGCCGCUCCCCAUGCUCGACACGGGCGGCGCCGGCUCGUCCGGGUCCGGCACCGCCACGUGCCAGGACUGCGGCAACCAGGCCAAGAAGGACUGCAGCCACAGCCGGUGCCGCACCUGCUGCAAGAGCCGCGGCUUCGACUGCUCCACCCACGUCAAGAGCACCUGGGUCCCCGCCGCGCGCCGCCGCGAGCGACAGCACCUCGGAGGCUCCGAAUCAACCCCGGGCGCCACCGCAUCCACCGCCGCCGCAGCCGCUUCGAAGAAGCCUCGCCUCCUCUCCUCCCAGCAGGCAGCCACCUCCCACACCUCCACAUCCAACGCCACCACGCCGCGCAGCUACGACACCACCUCAAGCCAUCAAGACCCGUCGUUCAGGGGGAGCCUGCCGCGGCAGGUGCGCGCGCCGGCGGUCUUCAGGUGCGUGCGCGUCACGUCCGUCGACGACGGCGAGGACGAGUAUGCGUACCAGGCCACGGUGACCAUCAACGGCCACGUCUUCAAGGGCUUCCUCUACGACCAGGGCGUCGACGACGGCCGCGCCAGCAACGACAUCGACUCCACCGCGGGCGUGCCCAGCAUGUCCGAUCUGCACCUCGGCGGUGGCGGCAAUGCCGGGAGGGGCGCCGGCGUGCCAUCCUCGUCCAUGGCGCCCUCCGACAUGUACGGCGGCGGAGGUGCUGCUCAUCAGCACAUACUUGGCGGGUCGGGCUAUGGUAACACCAUGAACUGAGAGCUAGUACUACACUACUGCUAGAAGAGUAAGGCUUACAUCCAUCAUUACCAUUCUUUUUCUUCCUUCUUCUCUUCAUUGCUCGAUCUCACUAGUAGAGGAGAUCGAUCAAUGCAUGGUGUCUGCUGUUAAUUUGUUCAUGCUGUACAAGUAACAUGGAAGAAUCCAUACUUCUUAGUCUAGUUCCUGUUAGUACUUCCUUAAUUUUCUAGUGUACGUAGCUGAAAGUAAUAAUAAUUGGGGAUUCGGAGAAAAGAAUAUAAUGCAAUAUCAUCAUCCACAGCUAGUAGCAAGGUGUUGCCUGCUGGUUUAUGCCCUGUGGUUCCUUCUUAUCA